UAACGGGUCCAUCUAAAAUGUUAAAAUGUUUAAGAGAGGUUUCAAAUACAUCUUAUACCAUAUUUCGAUAUUCCCCACACUUGCCAUCGGGACAAUUAAUGCCUAAUUGGCUCUGAUACCAUGUUGAUGGACAAAUUCUCAACCGGUCUCCACACUCGGUAAUUCUGUAUAUAAUUAUUUUUAUCUCUUCUUCCCUCUCUCACCUAUAUAUACUUCCAUAAAUUCUCUCAUCUUCCCUACACACCCAAAAACAUAUACCCUUUCUUUCUUUCUUUUCGAUUUGUUAUAUCAUGAGGACCAUGGUAGACUUGGGGAGCCAAAGAGGCCCAAUGGUCCUCCACAUAAUGGACACCGCCACCUCUGUGGACUGUCGUGAAGUCCGUUUUCGCAGAACCAUAUUCCGUUCACUCAUCGAAUGCAUGGUUCCUGCAUGCUGUGCCUUCCAACCCACGUCAUCAGACUACUCAUCCUCCUCCUCUUCAUCCACCACCAGCAUCGACUCCUCCGAAUUCACAUCAACUUUCAGUAGCUCAACAAGCACUCAUGCAUCCACCGUCACAGGAACAUUCUUCGGAUACCGAAGAGGCCGCGUAAGCUUCUGCCUCCAAGACGACUCUAAAAGCUCUCCUCUUCUCCUCCUCGAACUAGGAAUCCCCACUUGCUACUUAGCUAAAGAAAUGCAAUACGGAUUGCUCCGAAUUGCGCUUGUGGAGUGUGAACGUAGACAAAGUAAUGGUAAACAAGUGAAAGGCUCGCUUUUCAGUUUGCCUCUUUGGUCUGUGUUUUUUAAUGGAAAGAAGAUUGGGUUUGCUAAGAGGAGGGCCGCCACGGAAAGUGACGCAAGUGCUCUGAAGAUGAUGCAGUCGGUGUCUGUUGGCGCCGGAGUUAUACCGUCAGGGUUAAAAGCGUCGGAAAAUGCUAAAAAUGAAUUACUUGACGAUGAGAAGAUGUUUAUGAGGGCUAAAUUUAAAAGGGUUAGCGGGUCAGUCAACUCCGAGUCGUUUCAUAUGAUGAACCCGGAUGGGAGUUCCUCCUGUCAGGAGCUGAGCAUUUUUCUUCUAAGAUCAUAGAUAUGUGUAGUACUUGCUAAUUGUGAUCUAAUACUGCAAGUAAUUUUCAUUCAAGAGAUGUAAUUUGAAAUUACACGUAUUCGGAAAAAAGUGUACAGUUUUUAUGUCAUAGUUUAAAGAAAUAUAAUUUGUACUUGCCAAUAUGUAUUUCGUUGAAGAGAAUUACAAAUAAUAGAUAGUGCCGUAUGUAUA